AUGGCAGUUGAUGAGUUAACAUCAGGAGAGUCAGAUUACCAGUGGGUGCAUCGGAGGCACGGCUUCCUCACCUAUCGUCUGGUGCAGGUGCUAACUGGACACGGAUGCUUCGGUUGGUACCUGCAUCUGAUCGGUAGAGAGCCGAGCCCUGAAUGUCACGAGUGCGGCGCUGCGGAAGAUACGGCUCAGCACACCCUUGAGGUGUGCCCAGCAUGGGUCCAGCAGCGCCGGGCUCUGACUGCGGUGACUGGUCCGGACCUCGCGCUCCCCAGCGUCGUGGUUGCGAUGCUCCUGGGCGAGAGCGCGUGGAACGCCAUGGUCUCCUUCUGCGAAGAGGUGAUGUUGCAGAAGGAGACCGCGGAACGGGCUAGGGAAGUAGAUCCCGAAGCCCACGCGCUCCGGCGCAGAUGGCCGGGGGGAAGAAGGAGGAGAUUCGCUCGCCUCCUUCCGCCUCCCUAG